GUGAGCUUCGCGAAGAAGAAAAAUACAUAACUCAUCAAAAUCCUCUCGCUUCUGUUAUGAGUUAACUCAGUCCGAACAGACUGAAUUGGGAGCAUCCGAGUUGAAAACUCAGCAAUGGCGGAGAUAGGAAAAACUCUGCUUGAAUCGGGAUGGCUCGCUGCGAGAUCCACCGAGGUUGAACUCACUGGAUCUCAGCUCACAACUACCCAUCCCCCGACUGGCCCAAGCUCUCCUUGGAUGGAAGCUGUCGUUCCCGGAACUGUUCUGGCGACUCUAGUAAAGAACAAAGUUGUCGCUGACCCUUUCUAUGGUUUGGAGAAUGAGAUGAUCAUUGAUAUAGCUGAUUCUGGAAGGGAAUACUACAAAUUCUGGUUUUUCACAAAAUUCCAGUGUAAGCUGUCAGGAGCUCAGCAUUUAGAUCUGAAUUUUCGUGCAAUCAAUUACUCUGCAGAGGUGUACUUAAAUGGCCACAAAAUGGUUCUUCCGAAAGGGAUGUUUCGACGACAUUCCCUUGAAGUAACUGAUAUCCUAAAUCCUGAUGGUGAAAACUUGCUGGCUGUUCUUGUUCACCCACCAGACCAUCCAGGGAGAAUUCCCCCUGAGGGUGGGCAAGGUGGGGAUCAUGAGAUUGGAAAAGAUGUUGCCACACAAUAUGUUGAGGGUUGGGAUUGGAUAGCUCCAGUGAGGGAUAGGAACACUGGUAUUUGGGAUGAAGUAUCAAUAUCUGUUACUGGGCCGGUAAAAAUAAUUGAUCCGCACUUGGUUUCAUCAUUUUUUGACCAAUACACAAGGGCAUACUUGCAUGCAACAACUGAAUUGGAAAACAGAAGUGCUUGGGUUGCUGACUGUUCCUUGAAUAUCCAAGUAGCAACAGAACUUGAAGGAAGUGUUUGCUUAAUCGAGCAUCUUCAGACUCAACAUGUUUCAGUUCCUCCAGGAGCACGUAUCCAGUAUACAUUUCCUAAGCUUUCCUUCUACAAGCCCAAUUUAUGGUGGCCAAAUGGCUUGGGAAAGCAAUCCCUGUAUAAUGUCAGUAUUACUGUUGAUGUCAAGGGAUAUGGAGAGUCUGAUACGUGGGGCCAUCUAUUUGGUUUUCGCAAGAUCGAGUCUCACAUAGAUCGUGCUACUGGAGGGAGGUUGUUCAAGGUAAAUGGGCAGCCUAUUUUUAUCCGUGGUGGUAACUGGAUAUUGUCAGACUGUUUGCUACGCCUUUCUAAGGAGCGUUACAAAACAGACAUAAAAUUUCAUGCAGAUAUGAAUCUGAACAUGAUUCGUUGCUGGGGAGGUGGGUUGGCUGAGAGGCCUGAAUUUUAUCAUUAUUGUGACGUUUAUGGUCUGCUGGUAUGGCAGGAGUUUUGGAUUACGGGUGAUGUUGAUGGAAGAGGUAUCCCAAUAUCAAAUCCAGAUGGCCCACUUGACCAUGAUCUUUUUAUGCUAUGUGCCAGAGAUACAGUCAAGCUUUUAAGGAAUUAUCCUAGUCUUGCUCUUUGGGUUGGUGGAAAUGAGCAAGUUCCACCAGAUGACAUCAACACAGCUUUAAAGAAUGACCUGAAACUACAUCCAUUGUUUGAGAGCCACAGUGAAAAUGCAUUGUCCAUUGAAGAAGAGGACCCUAGCCAAUAUCUGGAUGGCACACGUGUUUAUAUCCAAGGAUCCAUGUGGGAUGGCUUUGCUAAUGGAAAGGGAGACUUCACUGAUGGUCCCUAUGAAAUCCAAAAUCCUGAAGACUUCUUUAAGGAUAACUUUUACAAUUAUGGUUUUAACCCCGAGGUUGGUUCUGUAGGAAUGCCUGUUGCAGCUACGAUCAGAGCAACCAUGCCUCCAAAGGGGUGGCAAAUUCCAUUGUUUAAGAAGCUUACCAAUGGUUACACUGAAGAAGUUCCGAAUCCCAUUUGGGAAUACCAUAAAUACAUUCCUUAUUCGAAACCAGGAAAGGUUCAUGACCAGAUAGAACUGUAUGGGAUCCCAAAAGAUCUGGAUGAUUUUUGCUUGAAGGCUCAACUCGUUAACUACGUCCAGUAUAGAGCUCUAUUAGAGGGAUGGACUUCCCGAAUGUGGAGCAAAUACACUGGGGUUUUGAUUUGGAAGACACAGAAUCCAUGGUCUGGUCUUCGAGGUCAGUUUUAUGAUUACCUCCUAGACCAGACAGCAGGUUUCUAUGGUUGUCGCUGCGCUGCAGAGCCAAUUCAUGUUCAGCUAAAUCUUGCUACAUAUUUUAUAGAGGUUGUAAACACUACAUCAGAGGAAUUGUCGAAUGUUGCCGUAGAAGCAUCAGUGUGGGAUCUUGAAGGUGCUUGUCCGAGUUAUAAUGUUUUCGAUAAGCUUUCCUUGCCACCGAAGAAAGUAAUGUCAAUUAGUGAGUUGAAUCAUCCAAAGUCCGAAAACCCAAAGCCAGUGUACUUUCUGCUUCUCAAACUCUACAACAUGUCAAAUAAUAGCAUUAUAUCCCGAAACUUUUACUGGCUGUAUCUUCCUGGUGGAGAUUACAAGCUGCUGGAACCAUACCGGAACAAGCGAAUUCCUCUUCAGAUAACAUCAAAGACAUCUCACAAAGACUCCUCUUAUGAAAUUGAAAUGAACGUACAAAACAAAUCUGAGAAGCCUGAUCCCAAAAUUUUAACCUACAAGAACAAAUUUGCUAACAGACGUGAAGAUGGUGAGUUUGAUAUGUCUUCUCUUGAACCUAUUCAUGACAAAACUGAAGAGAAACAGAAGGCUGGUUUAUUUCAGAGACUUUACAGACAAUUUCCCAGGGAAACUGAUGGCUCGAAGAUUACAGAGAUAAAGGGAUCUGAUGUCGGAGUUGUGUUCUUCCUUAAAUUUUCCGUUCAUGCUUUGAAGACAGAUAACAAGGGAGGAGAAGACACUAGAAUACUCCCAGUCCAUUACUCGGAUAACUAUUUUUCACUAGUUCCUGGUGAGGAGAUGUCGAUUAAGAUGUCAUUCGAGGUCCCUCAAGGCGUCACCCCAAGAGUAACACUUGAAGGCUGGAACUACCAAUCUGAAGUGCACACUGUUAUUUGACCUUGUUCUCUGUGAUUAAGUUAUUGAGCUUGUUCAUACAGUUGAGAAUUCGGGUUAUUGUGUUAUUUUGGUUUUCGUUUGUGAAACAAGCUUCAAUGGAGGUUUAGGGAAUAGUGCAGAAUGCCCCUUUUGUUUGCUAAAUCUCCCAUCUGUUUAUAUGUAUGAAUAUGGUUGUGAUAUCUGAAUGUAAAGUAAUAAUCUCCAUAGAGUCGAGUGUUGACAUCUAUGAAUGUUUGAGUGGUAUAUUAAAUAUUAAUUAUUAACGUGUUAAAGUUCACAUAAA